CUAGAACCCACGUUAGCUGUGAUAUCAAAGGAGAUGUCGCUGUUGUACGCUUCAACACCCCAAAUUCAAAGGUGAACACUCUAUCCAGACAAUUGAACUCUGAGUUUACUGAUGUAAUGAAUGAGAUUUGGGCCAAUGAAGCUGUCAAAAGUGCCGUCCUCAUCUCUUCAAAGCCAGGCUCUUUCAUCGCUGGAGCAGAUAUCGACAUGAUUGAAGCCUGCAAGACUUCUCAGGAAGUGACUCAGCUCUCUCAGGAAGGACAGAAGAUGCUAGAAAAAAUUGAGCAGUCUCCAAAGCCUGUAGUCGCUGCCAUCAGUGGCUCCUGCCUGGGAGGAGGACUGGAGGUUGCCAUUGCCUGUCACUACAGAAUAGCGACAAAGGACAAGAAAACGAUCUUGGGAACACCUGAAGUGUUACUGGGCCUCCUGCCAGGGGCAGGGGGUACUCAGAGGCUACCAAAGAUGGUGGGACUGCCUGCUGCCUUUGAUAUGAUGCUGACCGGAAGGAACAUCCGUGCUGACAGAGCAAAGAAGAUGGGUCUGGUUGACCAGCUGGUGGACCCGCUAGGGCCAGGUGUGAAAACUCCAGAAGCACGAACAAUUGAGUACUUGGAGGAGGUAGCAAUUGGCUUUGCCAGAGGACUAGCCAACAGGACUGUGUCUACCAAAAGAUCGAAGGGGCUAAUGCAGAAGAUAACAGACUAUGCUAUGGCUAUUCCCUUUGUGAGGCAGCAAGUCUACAAGACGGUGGAAAGCAAAGUUCAGAAGCAAACCAAAGGACUCUACCCUGCUCCGCUAAAGAUCAUUGAGGUUGUAAAGACUGGUCUUGAUCAGGGGCGUGAUGCUGGAUACCUCACUGAAUCCCAGAGCUUUGGCCAACUUGCAGUGACUAAGGAAUCCAAGGCGCUAAUUGGACUUUACCACGGGCAGGUGCGCUGCAAAAAGAACAAGUUUGGAGCACCGCAACGAGAGGUCAAGACCCUGGCGGUGCUGGGAGCAGGGCUCAUGGGAGCUGGGAUCGCACAGGUUUCAGUGGAUAAGGGACUGAAGACCAUUCUGAAAGACACGGCACAGCAAGGCUUGGACAGAGGACAGCAGCAGGUCUUCAAGGGGCUGAACGGCAAGGUGAAGAAGAAGAGUCUGACAUCAUUUGAGAGGGACUCCAUUCUCAGCAACCUGACGGGCCAGCUGGACUACAAGGGCUUUGAGAAGGCAGACAUGGUGAUCGAGGCUGUGUUUGAGGACAUUAACAUCAAGCACAAAGUGCUGAAGGAGGUGGAGGCUGUGAUCCCUGCUCACUGUAUCUUCGCCAGUAACACAUCAGCCCUCCCGAUCAGCCAAAUUGCUGCUGUUAGCAAGAGGCCAGAGAAGGUGAUCGGGAUGCACUACUUCUCCCCUGUUGACAAAAUGCAGCUGCUGGAAAUCAUCACCACAGACAAAACGUCCCAGGACACGGCCGCUUCUGCUGUUGCUGUUGGCCUCAAACAGGGCAAGGUCGUCAUCGUGGUAAAGGAUGGGCCUGGCUUCUACACCACCAGGUGCCUGGGGCCGAUGCUGGCAGAAGUGGUCCGAGUUCUCCAGGAGGGCAUCGACCCAAAGAAAGUAGAUGCCAUCUCUACAGCCUUUGGCUUUCCCGUGGGUGCUGCCACACUGAUCGACGAGGUGGGUGUGGAUGUGGCCACGCACGUGGCCGAGGACCUCGGCAAGGCCUUUGGCGAGCGCUUUGGAGGAGGCAACGUUGAGCUGUUCAAGCUCAUGGUUGAAAAAGGCUUCUUAGGUCGCAAGGCAGGGAAAGGCUUUUACAUUUACCAGGAAGGGGUGAAGAACAGGAACGUGAAUUCUGGCAUGGAUGAGAUCUUGGCACGGUUCAAAGUGCCAGCCAGACCUGAAGUCUGCACCGAUGAGGACAUCCAGAUGCGCUUGGUGACGAGGUUUGUGAACGAGGCAGUCAUGUGCCUGCAGGAAGGGAUCCUCAGCAACCCCGUGGAGGGAGAUAUUGGUGCUGUGUUCGGCUUGGGCUUCCCGCCAUGCCUGGGAGGUCCCUUCAGGUACGCAGACUCGUAUGGAGCCAAGCAGCUGGUGGACAAGCUGCGGAAGUAUGAGGCC